AUGGGAGGCCCCCCAGUGCUGCUUCAGGAGGACGAAGCCGGCCUCCCCAGAUCUGGUGCAGAAGAGCCACAAAGCCCUGAGCAGCAGCCGGAGCUCCUCUCGGCGCAGGAGACGGCGGGGCGCCCCUUGCCUCCCUCUGCAGCGCCGAGAGGGUUAAAGCCAGCGAGUGGGCGGCUGGAGCGGCCGCGGGAGGACCGGGAAGGCGGGGAGGGGGCGGAGCAGGGUCUGCAGCCCGCGGAAGAGGAGCGGGAAGCCGCGGAGGCAGCAACUGAAAGCCUUCAUCCCACCCAAGCUGGGAGUGAUGUUGAAUUCUGGGAACGCCUGGUGCCAAUUAUCCAUGAUCAGCUCACUGCCAUCUCAGAUGUAGAUUGCAGACGCUUCCGGCAAUUCUGCUACCCGGAGGCCGAUGGGCCCCGAGAGGUCUGCAGCCAGCUCCAUGGACUUUACAGCCAGUGGCUGAAGCCAGAGAGGCUCACCAAGAAGCAGAUUGUGGACCUGGUGAUCCUGGAGCAGUUCCUGACUGUUCUGCCCCAGGAAAUGCAGAGCUGGGUCAGGGAAUGUGGGCCGGAGACCAGUUCCCAGGCAGUGGCUCUGGCCGAAGGCUUCCUCCUGAGUCAGGCAGAGGAGAAGAGGCAGGCAGAACAGGUGAGGGGACUCCAUCCAGAUGUGGGCACCAUCCGUGAAGACAGAAGCUGCAAUUCCUGA